AUGGAGGCCAUAGUUACUGGCAGCAUGGCGUCAGAUCACAUGUACCCAAGGAAAAAGCCCAGACUGAGCCAAGGGGCACAGUGUUUUGCCAUGAAUUGCUAUAAUUAUCGCAAUCAGCACGCCAAAGAACGCGGCAUUACAUUUCAUACUUUCCCAAACAAAGACAAGGAACCAAACAGAUAUGACCUGUGGGCAAGGACAUGCAGGAGAAGUGACAGACAACCAUCAAAAUGGUCCUUACUGUGCAGUGACCAUUUUACCAGUGAGGCCUUUGACCAUACAGGACAGACUGUCAGACUGAGAGAGGGUGCUGUUCCCACUGUUUUCAAUGUCCCUGCACACCUCCAGACAGAUAUGCGGCCCCGGACUACUACAAUAUCCCAAGCUGCAGAUCCCCUGCCUGAUGUCUGUGAUGCCAGUGACACUGGCAAUGAUAUGAGUACUUCCAGCUUUGCUGAGAAACUGAAGGAUCAUUCAUACUGUCUAGAGGACCCACACGAUGCAGCGAAAACUGUAAAAGACCUCUGGCAGCGAAUAGAUCACCUCCAAAAAGACCUGAAAAACACAACAGCAAGGGAAAAACGAGCAAAGUCCUGCAUCAGCAAACUUAAAGAGAGUAACCUGCUGACCGCUGAGCUGGAAGCGUUUAAAGACAUAUCCUCCAGCUUCAUCAUGCCUUUACACUACUGCCCACAAUGCGGCACAAAACUGCAGCCUGGGUUCAAGUUUUGCCCGUGCUGUGGAGGGAAGCUGCCCAGCCUGCUAGAUCUUCCCGAAUCCACCAACACCGAGGUGUCAGAAGUACCUGAUGCGGUGUGUGAGCUCAGCACACAGGUGGGGUUAAUGAGUGCAGCCCCGGUCCUGACUCAGGACAUCACCCUGACAGACGCUUCUGGUGAUCCGUCCUCCUCGUCCUCCUCUCCCCCCGCCUCCUCCUCGGCACUGACCCGGUCUUCCAUCAGAUCCAGACGCAGAUCCGCCGUCAGGAAGACCUGUAGUGUGUCCACACCACCUAAACCUGCAACAAACAAGGAUCAGAACGCUGUCCCGUGGAAUCGGAAACUAAAAGCGUCUCCGGAAGCGAAAGACGAGGAAGAGCAAAAGAAAGUGUUCUUGCCGUCGCCUCAGACUCCGCCCUCAGGCAAAGCUAAGCGGAUGAAGCGAGCGAGUGCUGUGGAGCCUGUGCAGGAAGGACUGGAGCUGUGUGACCAGUCAGGAAAGAAAUGGAGACUCGGGAAGCUGUUGAGUCAGAUGGACGUGGAGCUGACGUACGAGGUGCAACAGAUUGGUGUACGGAGCUCAUCUAAUGAGUCGAAGCACAUCAUGAGACUGGGUGCCAAAGAUGGACAGCUGUUCAACGAACAGAAUUGUCUUCAAAGAGCUGCCAAACCUGCCGUAGUGGAGAAGUGGAUGAAGAAACUCGGUUUGGACUUCCUCGGAAUUCCAUCAUGUGUUGGUUUUGGUCUUCAUGAAACAUACAGGUUUUUGGUAUUUCCUGAUAUGGGCUGCACUCUACAGUCAGUUCUGGACACACAGAAGCAGAGUCUCAGUGAGAGAGAAGUCCUGCAGCUGGCACUGCGAUUAUUGGAUGCUCUGGAGUUCAUCCAUGAAAACGAGUAUGUUCACGCAGACAUCCACGCAGGAAACAUCUACAUCAGCACACAGGGACACUCGCAGGUUUUUCUGUCAGGUUUUGGUCACGCGUUCCGGUUCUGUCCUGGAGGGAAACACGUGGAAUAUCGGGAAGGCGGCCGGACGCCACAUCAGGGAAACCUCAACUUCAUCAGUGUAGAUUCACACAAAGGGACCGGUCCAUCUCGGCGAAGUGAUCUGCAGUCUCUGGGUUUUUGUCUGCUUUUAUGGAUGACAGGAUCUCUGCCCUGGAGUCCCGCCACUCAGUCAGGCUCGGCUGUUUCUGCUCAGAAGGAAAGGUACAUGUCUGAUAUUCCUGGAUUAAUGAGCUACUGUUUUAAAAAGAGGAAAGUUUCAAGUGCGUUACAGAGCUACCUGUCUCAGGUGAUGAGCCUGCAUUACACCGAGAAGCCGGAUUACUCUGCGCUGAAACAGGAUCUUAACAAGUCUUUACAGGAUCUGGGAGGAACUCUGAGAGACGCUCUGAUUUGCCGGUGAUUUUUUUUCUUUUUCUCCAGAUGAAGAAAAGCCGAGUGAAGAGAAACGAGGCUCGCACCAGAUCGCCUGGGAUUUUACAAUAAAGCGUUUGUUUUUAGAGGAAACAGGAUCAUUAUGAGGAGGAUUUAACGUGUAGUGUGUUCUAAUGUUUUACACCACAGGGCUGGGACUGUUUAUGGAGUUUGAGGUUAAAACUGUUAAGAUUUCGCUUAGUUAAAGUUUUUGUUUUUAGCACGAUCACUAAUGGUAGUCAUUGUAUGUGUAAUAGUAGUUAUUAAUAAUAAUUAAGUGUGUGGAUUUGACAAUAAAUACAUUUUAUUAAAAGUU